UUAAACGAGGGCACUGGGGUGUUUUCUUCUUCUUCUGAAAUGAGAGCAGCAUCUAAAAACAAUCUAUGAACCCAAUCAUAGACCAGUUCAUGAUAGAACAUAAUAGAUAGAUGAUAAUCAUCUGGAUUUGACCAAACGUUGCUAAAGUUACUCAAACCAUGUGUAGUCACUGCAAAGUGAUAUAGCAAGCUCUUAUAUUUAGCCUGCAUGUUUAAUUAUUCGAUGUAGCUAGACCAAAAAUACCCUGCCACGCGUUACUCAUUUAACAUGUCUGGUUAUUUAGCUCGAAAGAGCUCAUAGCUCGAAAAUUUCGUGCUUUUCCGGUUUAGUGAUCAGGAUUUACGGCCACGCGCAUUUCUCAAGUAGUCAGGGAUAUAUGCGCACGCGCUCCGAAGAACGCUGGUUGAUUGUAUAUAUUCUUUUAAGGCGCGUGUACAAUUCGCUUUUUGUUAUUAACUUGUUUUCAGUAUUUUGUUACUUUUCUCCUCUUCGGAACAGAGUUAACCUCUAAGACGAGGACGGUAAGGAAUUUAAAAGUUUAGAGAGCAGGAGUUUGACGAAAGGACCUCGGUUUGUUUGUGCUGAGGCAGUUUAAAGCUCGGUAAUGGCCAUUUGUCUGUGGAGAUAUCGGUGCCGGAUCCUUCUCUGCAUAUGUACACCAUGUAUACUACUUGGAUGCCUUUUUGUAUACAUAAUAUUGGCUUUAAGUUUAGCCAUGGCUCACACCUACCCAUCUGAUGUGCAAAUGACAAUCGAUCAUCUGCCAGACGGACACUUUGUAGCCAAGGGGACCACUAAUAACAACACACUGGGCGCCUACCCAGCUCAGCCGUUUUGGAAACUGGAUCUGAACAAAGCAGCAUUUUGGAACCUGAUCCAACAUGUAAUGGACCGUGAGCAUAACCCCAUCCUUCAAGGCUCAAGAAAUAUCUCUGGUAAAAAUAUUACACAAUUGAACCAAAAUGGAUGUUUUCCAAAAUAUGGGGGGAUAUGGAAAAUAGCAGAUUAUUUCACUCUGCCACAUCAAAUGCAAAGGUUUAUCAUUUCCAUGCACUGUAGAGACUACCAACUGCUCAUCGACCCGCCAGCAGUGUGUGCCAAAACAGAAGAGCCUCCAAUGUUGCUGCUGGCUAUUAAGUCUCAGGUGCCUAACUUUAAGAACCGCCAAGCCAUCAGGAUGUCUUGGGGGUAUUCAGGUCUGCUGAGGGGGCAGGUGGGGAAAGGAGGAAUAGUGCGUAGAGUUUUUCUUUUGGGCAAGCUUGAUGAAGAAAAUAAACAAGGUAUUAAAAAAGAGAGUGAAAUGUAUAAUGACAUUUUAAUGUGGGACUUCAUGGACACCUUCUUCAACCUGACAUUGAAGGACAUACUGUUCUGGAAGUGGUUCUCCAAGCACUGCCAAAAUGCCCGCUUUGUCUUCAAGGGUGAUGAUGAUGUCUUUCUGAGGACACCUGCUGUCCUGGACUACUUGUGGGACCAGGAACAGCUUCACUUAAAAAAACAUGGACACACCAAAAAAAUGGAUGAUUUUCUUGUUGGGGACAUUAUCACCUCUGCAGUACCUCUGCGCUUGGCAACCAAUAAAUAUUUCAUCCCUGAAAGUUUCUAUAAAGGCUUGUACCCAACUUAUCCAGGUGGAGGAGGAGUAAUCUACUCUGGUGCUCUGGUUCCCAGACUUCUCCACAUGUCCAGGAGAGUUCAUCUCUUCCCUAUUGAUGAUGUUUACAUGGGAAUGUGCCUUCAAAGGCUGGGGGUCAGCCCCAUCAACCACCCAGCAUUCCUCACGUUUGAUUUUAAUGCUGAAGAAGCGAAGGACCCCUGUGCCCAUCACACUAUCCUGUUGGUCCACAAACGCAGUCCUAUACAAAUAUUAAGACUAUGGACAGAGAUCAUAAUACCAAGCACCGAAUGUAAAAACACAACCCUUAGAACGAGAAAUAAAGAAUAAGAUAUACUUUUUAUUGAACCUGUUAAGCAAAACCAGGAGUAACUUGACCUUGGGAAGCAAAAACAUUUGGGUUUAACAGGUUUUGAAAGAAAACAUUUCACCCUUGACUACUUUUGUUUGCUGUGAAAGACUGCAAACACGACUCACUGUUACUGAUUCUGUAUUAUGAAGCUGAAUUCCAAGAAGUCUGAACCUUAAAACUAUGUAAACACAGGUGUCAUUUACUGUAACACUCAAACAUUUUAGGUAUUCACAAAGUAGAAUGAUAACUUUUGUCCACCAAAGACACCCCUCUAUAUAUAGAGAGACUGAGUGUGUGCAAACAUAAAGAGAAAUGAUAUGGUUUUAAAAUGAUAAUUGGCACCUUAUUUGCCUAUAUGUUUAUAAAUACCAACAUUUGACUGAAUGCAUUCUUUGAAUACUCAGGGUCUCAGGGUCUAGCAAUUGAUUAAAAAAAUAAAUAAAUGUGAUUAUUAUUUACAGUAA